CUGCUACCCUUCCAGCUUGUGAGGCAGGGAGGCCGAGGCCUGGGCCAAGCCCGGAGCCGCUGUUCAUCGGAGCCUCCUGGAGCCCCCGCGCAGGUUCAGCCUGGGGUCGGGCUCAGGCCCGGCCCGCCGCGGAGCCCAGGACAGAGGUUGCAUGCCCGAGGACCAGGCCGGCGCAGCCAUGGAGGAGGCAUCUCCUUAUUCCUUACUUGAUAUCUGCUUGAAUUUCCUGACUACCCACCUUGAGAAGUUCUGCUCGGCAAGGCAAGAUGGAACACUGUGUCUGCAGGAACCUGGAGUAUUCCCACAGGAGGUGGCUGAUCGGCUGCUUCAGACCAUGGCUUUUCAUGGUCUCCUGAAUGAUGCAACUGUAGGUAUUUUUAGGGGCAACCAGAUGCGCUUAAAACGAGCUUGCAUUCGCAAAGCCAAGAUCUCUGCCGUUGCGUUCCGGAAAGCCUUCUGCCACCACAAGUUAGUGGAACUUGAUGCCACAGGUGUGAAUGCUGAUAUCACAAUUACAGACAUUAUCAGUGGGCUUGGCAGUAACAAAUGGAUCCAGCAAAAUCUCCAGUGCCUAGUGCUGAAUUCAUUAACUCUCUCACUCGAAGAUCCUUAUGAACGGUGCUUUAGCCGGCUUUCUGGCCUUCGAGCAUUAAGCAUCACCAAUGUUCUCUUUUAUAAUGAAGACCUGGCUGAAGUUGCCUCAUUGCCAAGAUUAGAGAGCCUGGAUAUUUCUAACACCUCGAUCACAGACAUCACGGCUCUGCUGGCCUGCAAAGACCGACUCAAGUCUCUAACCAUGCAUCACUUGAAAUGUUUAAAAAUGACAACUACCCAGAUACUGGAUGUUGUUCGGGAACUAAGACAUCUGAAUCAUCUUGAUAUUUCAGAUGAUAAACAGUUUACAUCAGACAUAGCUCUUCGAUUACUAGAACAAAAGGACAUCCUGCCCAACCUCGUCUCCCUGGAUGUCUCUGGGAGGAAGCAUGUGACAGAUAAAGCUGUCGAAGCCUUUAUACAACAACGGCCCAGCAUGCAGUUUGUAGGUUUGCUGGCCACUGACGCUGGCUACUCUGAAUUCCUCACAGGCGAAGGACAUUUGAAGGUGUCUGGAGAAGCCAAUGAAACUCAGAUUGCAGAAGCAUUGAAGCGGUACAGUGAACGGGCAUUCUUUGUCCGGGAAGCUCUAUUUCACCUUUUUAGCCUGACUCAUGUGAUGGAAAAAACAAAACCAGAAAUUUUAAAGCUUGUGGUUACUGGGAUGAGAAACCACCCUAUGAAUUUGCCAGUGCAACUUGCUGCAAGCGCUUGUGUGUUUAACUUAACGAAGCAGGAUCUUGCUGCAGGAAUGCCUGUGCGACUCCUCGCUGAUGUGACCCAUUUGCUGCUCAAAGCCAUGGAACAUUUUCCCAAUCACCAGCAGUUACAGAAGAAUUGCCUCCUUUCACUUUGCAGUGACCGAAUUCUUCAGGAUGUUCCAUUUAACAGGUUUGAAGCAGCCAAGCUUGUCAUGCAGUGGCUCUGCAACCAUGAGGAUCAAAACAUGCAAAGGAUGGCAGUUGCAAUCAUUUCCAUCCUGGCUGCCAAGCUUUCUACAGAACAAACUGCACAGCUUGGUGCUGAACUCUUCAUUGUCAGGCAACUUCUUCAAAUAGUGAAGCAGAAAACCAAUCAAAAUUCAGUGGACACUACUUUGAAGUUUACUUUGAGUGCACUUUGGAACCUCACAGAUGAAUCUCCAACCACUUGCAGACACUUUAUUGAAAAUCAAGGGUUGGAACUCUUCAUGAGGGUUCUAGAGUCAUUCCCAACUGAGUCAUCCAUUCAACAGAAAGUCCUAGGACUUUUGAACAAUAUAGCUGAAGUACAAGAAUUGCAUUCUGAAUUAAUGUGGAAGGAUUUUAUAGACCACAUCAGUAGCCUUCUACAUAGUGUUGAAGUGGAAGUCAGUUACUUUGCAGCUGGGAUUAUUGCCCACUUAAUAUCUAGAGGAGAACAAGCUUGGACAUUGAGUCGUAGCCAGAGGAAUUCUCUUCUGGAUGAUCUGCAUUCAGCAAUUUUGAAAUGGCCAACUCCAGAGUGUGAGAUGGUAGCAUACAGGUCCUUUAAUCCAUUUUUCCCAUUACUUGGCUGUUUCACAACACCAGGAGUCCAGCUAUGGGCAGUUUGGGCCAUGCAGCAUGUCUGCAGCAAGAAUCCCUCAAGGUAUUGCAGCAUGCUGAUUGAGGAAGGAGGAUUGCAGCAUUUAUACAACAUCAAAGAACAUGAACAGACUGAUCCUCAUGUCCAACAGAUUGCUGUGGCCAUCCUGGACAGCUUAGAGAAACACAUUGUACGCCAUGGAAGACCACCUCCCUGUAAAAAGCAGCCCCAGGCCAGACUAAAUUGAUAGCUAUAGGUAAUUGGAUAAUUGAAUCACAGAAAUUCUUUUUGUGAUAGGUUCACUUGGAAUAUCUUACCCUCUCUGAUAUUUUGGGGGUUUCUACAACAAGAGUCGUAAAGUGAGUAUGGGAUUGAUAAUGUACAGUACUGCCCAUGUGAACAGUCUCUGAUUUGUCUUGUGAUUUUUAACUUAUCAGAUGAGAAGAGUCUCUUCCUUGAUCAUUGACUUUUAGGAAAAUUUCCACAUCCUUCAGUGUUUGAACUUACUUGUGCUUAAAAUUCUACAGUUUUAUGAGGAAGUUUGCACGGACCCUUAGGCCAGACUUUUCUGAUCUUAAAGUCCCUUCAGUCAAUUUGCAGCUUCAGAUAAGCUGUUAACCUGAUUUCUGGCAGUGCUUCAGUUGUAAAUUUUAUAUUGCUUCUGUAUAAAAUGCCUUUAUUCUCUGUCUGUGUAUCUUUUAUAAGAUGUCCUUCUUAGCGUGAAAGAAUGGAAAUCUGAGUCCUCUCCUUGUGAAAGCUACUCACUGGCUGGUGCUCGGAUGGCUGGCAGAAAAUAUAUUAAAAAGAAAAACUACUAAGGGAAAAUAGAGUUUAGGAACUGGGAAAAGGUCUGCUCUUGUGGUAUAUAGUUUUUAAACUGGGACUGGCUAAUCUUCUGGGGCCCACCUCUCCUGAGGCAUUGCGUAGUAGCUUGUUCUUCAUAUUUAUUCCUGGAGGCAUGGGCUGCUGCUUCCUACACAGACUGCUGGUUACUCUCUAGAAAUAUUUCCCCAAGCACCACAGUUUAAAAUAUUACAGCAUUCUGCAUUAAAGAUUAACUGUCUGAAUUUCUUUAUGUCAUAUUGUUGUGAAAAUGUGAAUUUUACAAAAAUCUUCUCUUCCUCAAACAGACCAUCCUUUUCCCUCUAUUUCAAAGUCAUUUUGUUCAGUGGAAUAGAGACUACACAUGGUAUUACCUGCUCACUUAAAAUACAAUUAACAACAGUAGAUUUUGCCAUGAGAAGUUAAUUUUCUUUUGUUUCAGACUACAUGUAUCUUAAUAUUUUCAUGUUGGGAAAGGAUAUCCACAUCUCACUGCCAAAAGUAAACAAGAAGAAUUAGACUAUUGUUAAAUGUAAUGAUUCUAGUUGCAGUGCAUAAAAGGAAAUAUUUUGUGAUGGGUUAUUUUUUAGACAGUUGCCUUUCCUUUAAGAGAGUUGUUACAGUAAAGAAUCAGUUGUCAAUAAUGGCAGUUGGGAGGCAGCAAGUCACCAAGAGAGUUAUUUUUCAUUAAACAAAAAAAAAGGCAAAAGAUUUAUACGAUCUGAAGAGAAACCAGAGUAUCCACCUUAAAUUUUAGUUUGUGAAUAAAGUUAACCUGCAGUCUUAGAUGACUGCAUCUUUUUCAUAGAUGGCCAAAAUGUUUUCAAUAGAGAUUUUAAAUAAUACGUUUAAAACCAUGGUGAUUAUUCAGAAGCAUUUUUAUUUAGAAAGGAGCUGGCUCAUUAGUAUGCUGAUAAUAUUUUUGACAUACACAUUUCAUACCACUAUCACAGUAGUCAUACUUGAAUUAUUUGGUACUCCUUCACGGGAGUGAAAACUUAAACUAAAUGAAAAUAGAUAUUUAGAAUCAUUAAAAACCAUAUUAAAUUAUGGGUUAAUUCUGACUUAACCAGUUUAAGGAAUGUUUAUAGGUGUGAGAUAAAUUUUCACAGAUUAUUUCUAUUUCAGAGGAAAUGGAAAAUUCUUUUAAAACUUUCCCCCUUUUUCUGGGUUUUAAAUAUCUAAGGCAAAAUGUAGAAAAUAGGAUGGCCUACAAAAGCUUGGAGUCGCUAGCUAUGUAGAGCAUUUCUAGGUCUUCUAGCUUGUGUAGUUAAGGAAAAGCCUAUUUGAGAAGUUUGGCUUCAAGUUUCUAUUGUAUCCUAUUCAAGACAAAAGUACAUGUUCCUUCUAGGCUAAUCCUAGGUUUUUGUCUUUAUGAAUUGUUUUCAAAAAUGGCUAAAAAUGUGUGGAAAACAAUAAAUCCCUUCAUUACUCAGAAUAACUUGUUGAUAGAUGAAGACUCAAAUAUAUUUAAAUUGAAAUUGAAAUUUGCUACUUUGAGCACUGGUAAUGGCCAGAUACUUUUGAAUCUUAAAAGCAAAAUAAUUAGGCACAUCCCAAAUAUAUAAAAAAUUUAGUGCCUUUGUGGUUGGGAUAGCUCUUAAAAUUGUGUAUCUAAUUAUGGCACUGAAUUGUCUAUAAGGUCUUGAAUCUGGCUAUAAUACAGUAUAUAUGUAUAUGUGUAUAUACAUGUAUAUAUAUAUAUAUAUAAAUUGAAAUUAUGAGGUGUAACUGGCCUGUCUCUACAGAAAGAAUCUAUUAGGCCUCCCGUUUGCAUUUGUACACUAGAAUGUAACAGAACUUGGUGCCUUCAAGGGUUACCUCUUCAGUGGCUUAGAGGUGCUGUUUCAAGCACAAUUUAGACUAGGGUUGAACCACUCAUUGCUCAAAUCAUUGGUGUGCUCAGAUAUUGCAAAUUAUCACUACAUCAGUCCACAAGCAACAGCAAGGUUUAGAUCUACUAAAGGAAAAAGGAAAUAGAUCUACUAAAGGAAAUGGGAAAUGGAAUUAGACUUUUUAAACUAUAAGGAUGCAUGUGUAAAUUUAUUGAGUAAAACAAGAACAGUCUGAAAUUAAAGCAAAAAUAAUUAGGGUAUCUCAUUCUUUCCAUCAAGUAAGUUUUGCUGUUCUCUUUAUACUCUAAAAAAUCAUUUUUUCCUUUUGCAGUUGAAAAGGAACAUAAAUCAAAUCAAGUAGUAAUAAGGGGUUAAUUUACUCUCUGGCCAAGGACUCAGUGGUUACUGAUCUUAGUUGAGAAUUAAAGUCAUAUCAGACUCACAGAUCCAGGAAUUGACCUUAAAUAUUGCCGCUCCUCACCCUUGGACAGAAAUGCCGUUUAGUGGCACUAGUCAAUUUAAGUGAAUUACCCAAGGUAGAGAUGAAUCCCACAAAGCAACUAUGGGAAUUUAAUUUCAUGAUAUCUUUUGUUUGCAAGCUUCCAAAGAAUCAAGGAUUCAUGUUUUAAAAUAUCAGUGCUGUAUAUCCAGCCUAGGAAGUUGAUCUUGCUAGUGGGACCUAUUGAGUUGGCCCUUUUUCUCCCCAGUCACUUACAUUUGGCUAUAUUUUAAAUUAUGCCAUGCUCAAGAUAGUAUUGGGCCAUCAUCUAGACCUUUGGAGCACAGUUUGAUGAAAACAUAUUUUAUUAUGGUUCAUUAUGUGCUAAAUUAGGGUAGAAUCGAUUAAUGAACCGUGGUUUUGGCUUAGUGCUUUAAAAUGCCUGACACCCCACCCUGUUCCCCCAUAGAACAAGGUGCAGCAAUACCCAAGGUUGAAAAGAGGUCAUGAGUAGCCAGGAAAAUAAACUUACUUUGUUGUAUAUGUUGAAACCCACCCCUCUCCUGCCCUCUAAUGGUCUGUUUACAUUAUUUGGUUAUUGUGCAACUUUUAUCUUGAGAUAAACAGUAUUAUUAAACUGAAGGUGUAAGUUAAAGGCAAUAUCAUACUGUUGGCUGACGUGGGCAGUUUCAUCUGUAUGUUACUUAUUUGGGGGCUUUAUAUGGCUAGGGCUUCAGAGUAGUGUUCCGAGAUAGCUUACAGAGAGGUUUGCAAACUUAUGGUUUCCCUCUCAAAUCCAUUGUAGCAGUUUCAAAUGAUUGUGUGGAUAUUGGAUAUUUAAAUUUUACCAUUUGCUUUGUAUUGACACAUUUUUCAUUUUUUGUAUUAACUCACGAACUGUUUAUUUAAGUAAUAAUGCAAAUCCAGACUUCAUCCAGUGAUGAAAAUAGCGGUAUGAUAGGAAAUUUUGCUGAGUGUGCUUUAAAUGAGUAACUGCUUUAUCUUUUUUUAGUAUUUCAUAGAUUUUGUGUGACAUGUACACUCCUAAUUAUGCAUUCUUUGGUUUCCAAAUCUUAACCUAAGACAUUCUUAUGUUAACUGAUUGAUAGCCUAAGAGAGAACUUUCUCUGCCUGUUUCUCCCCUCCCCCAAUUUUUUUUGGGUAAAGAAAAUCAAUGCUAUUUCUCGUUUCUCUGGAUGAAGCAAAGCUCCUUUGGACAGCACAACCUAACUGCAUAGCUAGAUAGAAUGGCUAUCGAGAAUAUUUAGAAAAUCCAAAUUUAUCAAAUUAUGAGAAAUCAUAAAUGUAGUUCAUUAAUAAUAUGUGCUUAAUUUUGAACUUAUUUUGGAAAAUUGUUCAAAUUGGGUUCUUUUAAGCUUACUUUAAUCAGCUUAGAAGCAAGAAACUACUUUGCUAAUGAAAGCUGAGACAUACUUUCAUAAAAGCAGGAAAUUCUUGAGAGCAUUUAAAAAUGGGAGGAUGUUAUGUCAAGAUUUAUACUUUCAGAUAAUCUGUAAGAAUAAAAUUUUUAAAUCCCUGACUUUUGUAGAAUUCCCGCUGUCAAAUUCUCACUGACUUGUGAGUAUGGAAAAAGCUAUCUUUUGCUUGAAUUCUGAUGGAAGAGUUUAACUCCUUUUAAAGGAUAUGAAAAAUUCGUUGGAAAGUGUAAUGUGUAUACAUUUCAAAGGCUGUCAAUUGUCUGGACUGAAGGCACUGUUCUUACUGUGGCCAGAUGAAUGGGAGUGUCCUGUACAUGAAUCAUGGUGUUUUAAAUCAGGACAUCACUUAGGUAUUACUGUUGUGUAUACAGAUUUUUGUUUUGGGGAUUUUUUUUUUUUUUUGGCCUAAAUAAAUGUUACAAAUUUUA